UGUGGGACACACGCGUGCUUUGUGUUGUAGCACUGGUCCUGUUUGAGUCUGAUUUAGACAGUAAAAAGCUUGAUGCAAUAACAUGCAUACAACACCAGAGGAAAGACCUGGAUAAAUAUGCCCAAUCAGCGUCCCUAAACUACAAAACGUUCGAAACAAAAUGGGAACCGUUACAUUCGGCAUUGCUUGAGCUUAUCAAAGAUAUUGAUGAUGAGACCAGAUUCUACUGCAAACGAAUGAUUUAUUGUUUCAAAUCAGAAUCUAUCAGUGUUGAUUUCGAAUUGAUCAACAAAAUGAAACAGACAAACGAUGCCAGUCUGCAUGUCCAAAUGGCCAUACAAGACAAAUUUAUCGCAAUAAUACAUGGGGAAAAGGACGGCACUGUCAGUGAAAAGGAAAAGAAAGUGCCACAACAUUAUGACAACCCAGUAUUCACAGUGAAUCUUCAAGAUACGUUUGUCUAUGUUGACGAACCGGCAAUUCUCACAUGUAAACUCGACGGUUCUGAGAAAGAAGUUGUUUGGCAGCAGGAUAGCCAACCAGUAGAGGAAACAGACGAUUUGAUGUUUGUUAAUAAGAAAUGUAUCCAUUGGUUAGCGAUAUCUCAUGCAAAGAUAACAGAUACAGGGUUCUAUUCUUGUAUAUGUGGUCAGUCUUCAACAACGGCUUUCCUCAAAGUCUCAGAGAAACCUUUGAAGAUCAUCGAGAACUUACAUGUAGUGACAGCAGAAAUCAACGUAAGAGUGAAUGCGGAUAUCAUCCUAACUUGUACAGUCGACCAGCAUUCAAACAAUAGUGUUUGGCGACAUAACGGCAAAGAAAUUAAACCGUGUGAUAGACUAUGUGUAUCAGUACAGGAACUAGAACAUAAACUUACAAUCCAUAAUGCUACUUUAGAAGAUGAGGGUGAUUACACAGUUGAUUAUGGUGAUGUGAAAUCAAGCACAACUCUAACACUUAAAGAAAAUCCAGUAUUCACGAAAAAACUUCAAGACACGUUUGUUUAUGUCGGCGAACCAGCAAUUAUCACAUGCAAACUCAAUGUUUCUGACAAAGCAGUUAUAUGGCGACAUGAUUACAAACCUGUAGAAGCAACAGAUAACUUAAAACUUGUUGCAGAUAAAUGUACGCACUGGUUAGCGAUUUCAAAUACAAAGUUGACAGAUGCAGGAUAUUAUUCGUGCGUAUGUGGCAUAGAAUCAACAAAGGCUUCCCUCAUAGUUUCAGAAAGACCUUUGAUGAUAACCGAGGAAUUGCAUGUAACUACAGCAGAGGCAGAUGUCAGAGAGAAUAUGGAUAUUGUUCUAAUGUGUUCGAUAAACCUACAUACGAAUGAAGUGAUAUGGAAACAUGAUGGCACAGAAAUUACACAAUGUAUAAGACGCCAGGUGACAGUGCAUGGACUAGAACACAAAUUGACAAUUAGGAAUGCAAAGUUUGAGGAUGAUGGUGAUUACACAGUUGCCUUUGGCGAGAAAAAGUCAAGUACAAACUUGAUAAUAAAAGGCAAUCUUAAUCUUUUACACAAAAAACAACUGACAGAAGAUCUGUUCAAAAACUGGAUCAGAGGUGCUCUUGGUAUAAAAUAUUUGAAACAGGGUAUACAGGAGUUUGCUGAAAAUUCCGUACAAUCUCAUCACUAUGAAAUUAAAAAGCAGCUUCCACCUGUUGUAUGUGAAAACUGUACAGAAGAUGUUCUUCUCCCGUCACACACACAGGGACAGUGCCCAAAGAAAUCAAAGUGUCUGUGUUCUAAACAGCGAAAAAACAGAAGGGUUUGUCAAAGCCAAGGAUUUUGUAGUACGUUUUAUGAUAAGAUACUUUUUGAUCAUCGGUUCUUCGAUUUAACGCUUACGAACACAGAUAUACCAUCGUGGGGUACCGAUCCCUGGAGUGUUGCUACGUGCUAUAUCAGUACUACUGGUUACAGAGGCAAGCCAUCAGCGAACGAAAUUGACUGUUCGGGACUACUGAGUAUGUUGAUCAACAACACUUUUAUCCAUAGAAUUCUUGGUGACGUCGAAAUAAAUGGAGAAACAGAUCUUUUUAAACAGGCGAAGGAUGCACGCAACGAUAUACUUCACAAUGCGAACUAUGAGUUAUCUGAAGGUCAACUGCAAUGUUAUAUUGAUUUGUUCAAAGACGUUUUGGAAAUGAAAGAUGCGAAAGGCGGAUACCCACUUUCAAGACAACCUGGUGCUCAAGAUGCCAUUAGUAAUUUGAAUGAGGUAGUUGCACGUAUAUUAUUAUUAGACAGAUAUUAA